AUGGCGGUGCAGCAGUGGCAUACCAGUCCCCUCAGCCUCCUGAUGCCGAUUGGGGAUGAGCUGAAAGUCUGUGCAGGCAUGGGCAACGGAGCCCAGUGGCAGGCAUACAAUGCGCAGUGGGCUGCGUACGCGUGGCAGUCAGAGGCCGGCAUGUAUGGGGCGUACGCGGCCCCCCAAGCACCCCCCAUGAUGCCGGCCCUCCCUCAGCAGCUGCCUGGGGAUCAGGCUUCGGCCUUUGCUCCCUCCACUCCCCACCCACAGGUGAUGCCAUAUGCUGUGGUCAACCCCUACAGCCCACAGUACUAUGGCGGGGCGCCAAUGGCAUACACCUGGCCCAUCGGCUACUCUCCGGCCCCGGGUCCGUACGCGCCGUAUCCGCAGGCGAUGCCCCCUCCCGGGCCCCCUCAAGGGCAUGCUGCUGGCCACUGGCAGACCCAUGACCCCCGCAUGCUGCGUCCCUACGAGCACUCUCACAGUGCAGGCAGGAGACCCUGGAUGGGGUCGCCUCCAGGCAGGCCGGUGAAGCGCGCGCGCACCAACUUUGCAGGGCCGGUGCCGGAGUGCGUGCACAUCAACAAGCGCAUCACCGCCGCUCAGUCUGCAGAGGCUGUGAUUGGCGUGGUGCAGCAGGAGCUGGACAAGUUUGACGCUGUGUGCAUGGCCACUGCGCUGCACACGCUGGCCUCCAUGCGUGCCAGCGCGCAGCAGUACGCCGCCCUCUUCGAGCGCCCUGAAGUCCUGCGCCUGAUGCAUGUCAUCGGCACGAGGCUGACCGAUUUCACGGCGCGCAACCUGUCCAACAGCCUGUGGGCGCUGGCCAAGAUGGGGCACAACCCGGGCGAGGCCAUGCUCAACGCCAUGGCCGCAGAGGUCGCCAAGAAGCUGGACGGCUGCAACGCGCAGAACUUGGCCAACAUUGCCUGGUCGUACGCGACGCUGAGCCACACUCCAGGGGAGGAGCUGCUGGAGGCGAUUGCAGUCAAAGCCCAGAAGAAGCUGGCCGAGUUCUCCUCCCAGAACAUCUCCAAUCUGCUCUACGCCUUCGCCAAGCUGGAGCACAAGCCCAGCACCUUCCUGGAGCAGGCCUCCCGCGCUGCCAUGCCCAUCCUCGGAAGCUUCACUCCCCAGGCUCUGUCAAACACUGUAUGGGCCCUGUCCAAGCUGGACACGCUGGACGAGGAGCUGUUCAUUGCCAUCGUGCAGCAGGUCCUCGGCAAAUUGACCAGGUUCAAUGCGCAGAAUGUGGCCAACACGGUGUGGGGAUUUGCAAACCUUGCAUUUGACCCUGGCCAGCCGCUGUGGGAUGCUGUUGCACAGAAUGGCAUCUACACCAUGCAUGAGUACAGCCCACAGAACAUCGCCAACGUCCUGUGGAGCUAUGCCAAGAUGGGCAAGCGCUAUGAAGCCCUGCUCACAGCCGCAUCGGCCCAUGCAGCUCACACCAUGUCAACCUUUCAGCCCCAGUCUGUGGCAAACUUCUGCUGGGCGUAUGCAACGCUGAAUGUGGCUCCCUCAAGCCAAUGCCUGACGGCCCUGGCAGAGCAUGCAAAUCACACCCUCAUGCAGUUCUCCCCGCAGAACAUCUCCAACACUGCCUGGGCCUUGGCAACGCUCCAGUUCAAGCACAUGGGGCUCAUGGGCAAUGUGGCAAGUGAGGUCACUGCCAGGCUGUCCGGCGCUGAGGCAUCCGCCUUCAGCCGGCAGCAUCUGGCCAACCUGAUAUGGGCCUUUGCCACGCUGGAGCUGGACCCUGGAGCGGCCAUGUCGCGGGUGGUGGCGAAUGCCAUGGCAGAGAGGGCGUCAAACUGCAACCCGCAGGAGAUCAGCAACACAGUCUGGGCCUAUGCCAAACUCCGCUUCUAUGACGCUGCCGUCCUGGAUACCUUUGCAAAUGAAGCCACGCGUCGCAUUGAGGAGUUCAGCCAACAGAACCUGGCCAACCUUGCAUGGGCGAUGGGAAAGCUGUCCCACUUCCAUGAAGGACUCCUGGAUGCAAUUGCUGAGCAUGCAACUGCAAUGGUCCAGGAUCUUUCCCUGCAGCACGUGAGCAACAUCCUGUGGACGUAUGCGUCCUUCCUGCACCUGAAACCGGCCAUGACUUCAGCGUUUGUGGGCGAGAUCGAGCGCCGCCUAAAUACAGAAGCCUUCAACCCCCAGCAGCUGUCCAACCUCCUUUGGAGCCUGUGCAUUGCUGAGCUGUGCUCGGAGGAGAUCUGGAAGGGCAUCAUGGCCCAGAUUGAGACUCUCGGCAUUGCUGCAAAGGACCUGCCCGAGGAGGCCCUGACUCAGAUCUACCAGGCGUACCUGCUGAUGCGCGUGGACCGGCCGCAGCUGCAGCUGACCAUGCCGGCUCAGCUGCUGCCGGCGGCGCACCACACGUGGCUGGAGAGCUGCAAGAACGUGCGCAUCUCCGCGCUGCACCGGGACGUGGCGCGCGUGCUGACGGAGCACGGCAUCCCCCACAACAUCGAGCAUGUGACCGAGGACGAGCUCUUCUCCGUCGACAUCGCACUGCCGGAGGAGAAGAUUGCGAUCGAGGUGGACGGGCCUCAUCAUUUCACGGCCAACACCCUGGCGGUGACUGGGGAGAUGCUGGCGCGCCAGAAGCUGCUCAAGGCGCGCGGCUGGGCCGUCAUCUCCGUUCCAUUCUUCCGCUGGUCCGGCCUCUCCGACACCCAGCGCACCGACUGGUUCUUCCCGGAGAUCGCGCAGGCGCGCGCAGCGCAGGCGCAGCGGCACAUGUGGCUGGGGCCCCCUCCGCCCGUCCCUCCGCCGCGGCCGCCACCGCCGCGCCCCCCACCAGGCAACCCAGCUGUCCGCACCGCUGCGUUGCCUCCGGCCGCUUAUGCGUCCCCACCGCCUCCGGGCCCGGCAUGGCCGCCUGCAGCCUACCAGCUUGGCAGUCCCCCUGCUCCAGCUGCCGUCAUCAAGACUGAGGCUGCGCAUGGUACUCCUGGGGGACUGGCAGAUGCACAGCAUGCCCUGGCGCCUGCCUCGGUGUCGCACUACGCUGCACCAGCCAGCAAGCCAGUCACUGAGGCAGUCAAGACUGAGUUGCCGGCAGCGGCAGUCCAGGAGGAAGCCAUGCCAGUGCCAGGAGAUGGGGGCAAGGCGCUGUCCAGCCAGCAAGCCCACAGCUCUGUGGAGCCAUCAUCUCCGGUGCAGCCGUCAAGCAGUCCGCCUGAGCAUGCAGUGACGACCCUGCAGUCAGCAGCAGAGCCAGCAGAAGGUGAGGCUGCGCAGCAGAGCCUUCCAGUUGGUGACAGUGAGCACCCGCAGUGAUGAGGAAUUGCAGCGUCUGCCUGUAGCAGGCAUGAGAGCAGCAUCCCUUUUGAGGACACAGAAGCAUCUGCAUGCAGGACCUUGCCUCAUACCGCAUGACGGAGGUCUGCAGCUGUCAAUACAGCUACGUAGUAGGCACCUUUGCAGGGCUCUGGAAGCCGCUGUUGGAUGCGCUAGCAUAUUCACAAAAUAAUAUGGCCCAGGUGGUGUUGGUACUGCUCUGGGACAAGAGCGAUAGAUAUUUCUUGCCGUUGUGUUCGGUUCAAGGAUUUCUCUCUGUCUGUUCUUACAGCACCAAGCGCAUCUGCCUAGGUAGUACAGCUAAACCAAGAGCUCAACAGCUCUGACGAGCAAAGGAUGUGCACAUGCCCCUAAGCAUGCAUGACCAUAUUGGGAAGUGGGUACAAUGGUCAAUGUUGUACAGAUGCCCUGGGUUGAUGAUUUCUCAAUCUCCUGUCAUCAGGUUUUUCCGGUUGCUGGUCAUGUCACAUCAAUAUGUGCACCACGACUGUCUGCAUGGACAUCACGGCCAUGAUGGCUGCUGUAAAUUGAAAUAGACUUUAC